UUUGUCCUGGGACCGCCCGCCGCUUGCAGGAAUCGGUGCGGGGCGCAGCCAAGGGAUGCGACCAGCUGGCCAGCACCCUCCGCUGCCGUGCGACCGUGCUGGCGGCGUCUCGGGCCGGGCGAGAGCGUCGUCUGGCCAAGAGCCAGGCACGAGUUUGGAAAUUGGGCCUAACUACGCCGCCAAAAGGGGGGGGACCAGCCCCGAGCCCAGCACGGGCAGCCGGGCUGCGGGAGGUGAGGAGCGGGAGGGAGGGGGGAAAGAUGAAGCAAAGAGCGGCAAGGCAGAUGGUGAGAGCAGGGACCGCGGCAGAAACGGCCACCGCGUGGGGCCGAGCGCGGGGGUCACCGCCAAAGGGAGCCGCCCAACCGAGGCCCGAGCUCUGGCGAACAACGCCGAGAGGCCCCAGUGCCUGUAGGACAGAGGGUAGGGCAAGCAAAAGACACGGCCUCCGCUGCUCCCUGGAAAAUGCAUCGGCACAGGGCGCGGAUGCACGGUUUCCCCCUGGGCCGUAGGCGACCCGAGGAGGAGGAGGAGGAGGAGGAAGAGGAGGAGAAGGAGGAGGAGGAGGAGGAGGGAGGGAGGGAGGAGGGCGUGUCGCCUAAGCCCUUGGGAGAAACCCUCCCGGCGCGGGCCGUGUGGCAGGCGCCGGCCUGCGGCCACGGCCACUCCCCGUCGGGUAGCCCUCGGCGGCCCUCGGCGGCCUCCGGCGGUGCCUCUGGCGGUGCCUCCGGGGCCUCGGGCGGCCUCCGGCGGCCUCGGGCGGCCUCCGGAGGCCCCCAAGACGGCUCCAAGAGGUUGCCUUCUCCUUCUCACCUUCCCCCCCUCGCUCGCCGCCGAGCUUGAGCAGGGGACGACCGUCCCGGCAUUCGUAUAGGCCUACCACCACGACAUGGUCGGAGAAACAUGCAAAGGCCCUAAGAACAACGCCGAUACCCUUAGAGCACGAAUCCGCUGCAUCAGAACAGCUCGGCCUCAGCCAGAAGUGCGACAGCGACACCUCAUCGUGCAAGCCACGAGAGGCUCGUAGACCUCACAUCGACUACACGCAGGAGUGGCCCUGGGUUAGGGUGACCUUUGGUGCGCGGCUUUUGGGGGGGGCGCGGGGGGAACCAAGCACACGCGCGCGCAAGCGCUACUACCAUAUCGCGUUCGCCGAUCCGGGGGACACCGGUGGGCCCGCCCCACAGGUCACUCUGGCGAAGAGCCACUCUCACGCCUCUUGCGCGCAGACGAUUACCCAGACAUGCGACGUCAUGAUUUUGUUCAGGACGGCGUCCCCGGAAGUCCCGACCCUUUCCACGGGGCCGGUCUUUCAUCC